GGCGUCUCGGAGCCGGGCGGUCCCCGCGGCUUCGUGCUGCCGCCGCCCUCAGGUUUCUUUGGACUGCUGCUGAAGUUUUGUCUGGAAACUUGGGUUGAUUGAAUUUUCUAUAAAAAGAACUUUGUUGCUACUCUUACCAAGAUGAUUGCAACACCUUUGAAACAUUCGGGAAUUCAUUUGUCUUCUGGGACAGCUCAAAGAAGAAAAAUACCACUAGAUGCAGUCUUUAUUGACAGUAUCCCUUCAGGCAAACUUACUCCCAUAAAAGAUUUGGUGAAAUAUCAGAAGUCCUCUCUCAAAUUGAAUGGUCAUAAAAAGAAUCAGUUGUUAGAAAUUACAACUUCUAACAAUAAAAGUAUAUUACAGUCCACCGUACAAUCAGGUGCUAUCCUUUCAAAUAAUAAUCUUGAUGUCAGUGCUAUAAAGCCCAACAUGCAUGGAUUAAGAAAUGAAACGACUUAUGAAUCACCACGAAAAAUCUUUCAAAGAAUGAAAGAAAAAGUACAGCAUGCCAAACAAGAAGAAGAAUCAAGGAGCAGUAGCAUGUUGGGACCACCAAGAUAUGAACAUAAUAAAGUCUUCCCUUUUAACAGAGAUAAGAAAAUUCAGUUGCAGCGUACCUACCUCUGUGAGGAAAAAGAAAAAUUCCAAUCCAGUAACACUUCAGUAGGAGAACCUUCAUUCCUGAACCAAGACCCAAAAAAUGUCUCAGCAUCAUGCAUCUCAAGGAAGGCAUUAACUAGAGCUCAGUUUGCUAGACAAGUUCUUCAAUCAAAAGAGAAUACUGUUAAAAUCCCUGUGUCCAAAAACAACACAUAUGUUUUGGAAAGCAUUGAUUCUACUUAUGAAAAGUUGGGAAAUACUGAUGUUAAUUCUCUUAGUACAAAUUGUGUUCCUAUUAAGAAUCUUAACCAGUAUGAUACUGAUGUGAAUACAGAAGAGAGUGCACAAGAGGAUAUUACAGAACAAAAUGAAAAAACAGUGCCUAAAAGGACUAUUCAAGGUCCCAUGAAAGCUACAUCUAAACCUACACCUGCAAGACCAAGGCUUAAUCUAAUACCUCACCGGUCUCAAAGAAAGGUUACAAAGCUUCAAACUAUCGUAAGUGAAGUAAAAAAACACCAGGCAGUCCAGCUACAAGAAUGGGUGAUUAAAGUCAUCAAUAAUAAUACUGCUAUAUGUGUAGAAGGAAAGCUGGUAAAUAUGCCUAAUGUUUACUGGCAUAGUAAUGUAAUUAUAGAGCGGAUUAAAUACAAUGAACUUAAGACAUUAUCAGGCAACAUUUAUAUGUUAAAAGGAGUGAUAGACCGGAUUUCCAUGAAAGAAGCAGGAUAUCCCUGUUAUAUCAUAAGAAAAUUUAUGUUUGGAUUCCCUGAAAAUUGGAAGGAACAUAUUGAUAAUUUUCUAGAAGAAUUAAGGGCUGGAGAAAAGAACAGGAAUAAGAACAGACAGAAAACAGCAAGAUUCCACGAUAAGCAAAAAUUAAUGAAAAAUGAUGCAGAAGGUAAACAAACAGAUGUCCUCCAAAGGGCCAACAUCACUUAUGACCUUAAUGGUGAUAGCUUGGAAAUGAAGAAAAAUAAGCACAGUGGGUUGUCAGGAGCUAUGGAAUUAAACACUGGAUAUAAUAAUUGUCAAAAUAAGCCACAGUUAAGGCUCCUUCAUAACCAAGAAUUAACUGGAAAGAAAGAUCGCAGAAAAUCUCCCUCAAAAAACUUUGAAAAUUGUGAAGGAAUAAAUGAAAAGAAGAUUCAAAGUCAGGAGCAAGAGAGAACUGAAAUAUUAAAUGUGUCCAUUGAUACCCUGAAUACACUGGAAGAGCCUACCUCUGACAAAGAAAGAAAAUGGCUGCCUCUCAAUCAAAAAGAACCUUAUGUUUUAAUGACACCACUUAGAACUCCAAAGGUGAUAGAGCAAAGAUGUAUGGACUACAAUAUCUCUAUUAAAAGAUUAACAGAUUUUUUCAAACCAAAGCAUCAGGAAGAAAGUAAAUCAGAUGGACAUGGAACUCAAAGUCCUACCCAAAAGUCCUUAGAGAACUUUGAACAUCAUGUGGGUUGUGAAAACACCAAAGAGGGCUGCUGUGAAUGUGAUAUACUCACUGUCAAACAUAGAGUUCAAAUACCUUUUCCAAAAAAUAAACGAAUGCUCACCAGUGAUUUUAAGAAAAAGAUUGAGUUGCCCUCAAAAUUGCAGAAAACUGCAACUCAAAUAGCCUUAUCACCUUAUAGCCAGUCCACAUCAGAUUUGUCAAGUAAAGAGAAUGAAAUAGAAAUUAAAAGUAAAACCAGAGCAAGAAAUACCAAAGAAGGACUGAUUCAGCAGAGAAAAAACACAAGCAACAUCACAGAAGAUAUCCUCCUGGUUUCAAAAUCUAAAGAUAAGAGUGAUUCUCAAAUCACACUAAAGAAGCCUAGAUCUUUUACUAAGGAAUCGCUUCCAAAAUCUGGUGUUGACAAGAACAUUCCAGUUGAAGUUAAGAGAUCUGAUAAAACAGACAGGCAACUGUUAGACUGUAUACCUGGUUUAACUGAUGAUGAAGAAUGGAAUGAGCAAGAGUUACAGAAGCUUCAUAGUGCUUUUACAUCUCUUCCAAAGCACAAACCUGGGUUUUGGUCAGAUGUGGCUAUGGCAGUAGGUACUCGAACUCCUGAUGAGUGCCAAAGGAAAUACACAGAAGAACCCCAAGGCAAAGGAUCACGAAAACAUGUCUCUAAGAAAAAGCAAGCCAAUUUCAAGGUCCAAAAUGAUGAUGAAGAUAAUGCUAAUGACAAGCAGACUAUUAAGAUAACUGCCAGAGUGGGAACUCUUAAAAGGAAACGGCAAAUGAGGAAUUGUCUGGAGCAGCUACCAAAAGACAACCAUGAUGAUUUUUUCAGUGCAACACCCUCGAAGAAACAAAGAGUAUUGUUGCCAAGUUUCCAAUACAGUCAAGAUGAUGAUUUUCUGCUAGAUAUGGACAGGAAUCCUGAAUCUCCACCACCAAGCUGUUUGUCAUUGACAAACACUCCACAAUGUCAGCAUGUCAGUCCUGGUAUGCUAGCCUCUAUACAAAGGGAUGACUGUGAUAAAUAUGUUUAUUAUAUGCAAAAAGAUGCUAAAAAAUAUGGCAAAAAUAAUGGUCACCUUGUCUGGGGCAACAUUAGGAAAAAAACAGUUGAGUGUGGUCUCUCAUCUCCAACACCAAAACGAAAAACCCUGUUUAACAAAGAUUUAGGUGAAGACUCUGGUAUUGCAAAGUAUUUCAUUGAUGCCGAAGAUACAGACGAAGAAGAAAUCGAUUAUUAUUUUUCAAAUUCGGACUGAUAGUAAAUACAAUCUUAUCAUUAGGCAGAGUACACUCAUCUUAUGACAUGGUAUUUUCUUUGUAAUUAAGGAAUGCAGAUUUGUCUCUCUGAGAUGUCUUAGGUUUAUAUGUAAUAUAAACACCCUAUAGCGCAUUCCUCAGUGUUACAGCUUACAAGUCAAAUAUUUUGCCUGUGUGUAUGUAUUUUAUUUUUGUAAUACUAAAAAAUAUAAAGCUGUCUCUUGAACCAAUCCAAGUCUGUUUACUUUAAUAAUCAUGUCUCAAAUGGACUUUUAAAUAAAAAUUUAAAAACCCUUAAAUGAGGAGAGAUAAGGGGCUGGAGUUAAAGAGUUUGGACUCAUGGAUACUGGAAUGAAAACUUUCAUCAUCAUGCCACCUGAUAUUAUAACCCUGAGUUCAUCAAGUGUUUAUGUCAUUCAAAUUCUUUUACCUUUUUUAAUGUUGUACGUGCAUGCUUUUUCUUCUGAUAUUUUUUCUUAAAAUUUUUACGAUAAGUUGGUCUGUUUUUAAACCCUCUCUUAUUGUUCUUUACCAUAUUUUAAAGAAAGCCAGAGGGUCGGUUCUGUUGAAUUCUACAGCUGUGUAAUGUGUAAGUUGAUAGAGCCACCAUUAUAAGGAAAACUUUCAGAAAGGUUUUCCCUUUCUGACAACUAACUUUUAUUUGCUGUUUACAACAUGUUCAUCUCCCUUUGUAUCCAGUUCG